AUGCUCUGGUGGACGCUUGCCUGUCGCUCUUUGUGUUUGGUAGCGCUACUGGUGGUGGCCAGUUGUGUUGGGAGCGAUACAAAGAGAGGGGCAGACGAAGGAUCACGGAGCUCCUCAGGGAAAGGCAGCAGCACAGUCAGCAAUGCAGGAGGUUCCACUAGCCGCAGAUACCAUCGGCUUCAGCAUGGACAAUGCACCUACACUUUUAUACUCCCGGAAGGCGAUGGGUCCUGUCGUGAGAAUAAAGCGGGCGUACAGUACAAUGCCAAUUCACUUCAGAGAGACUCUCCACCACCUGAGCCUGACUUCUCCAGCCAGAAGAUUCAGCAGUUGGAGCACAUCAUGGAGAAUUACACACAGUGGUUACAGAGGAUUGAGAACUCCAUAAAAGAGAGCAUGAAAGCAGAGAUGGCCCAGUUAUAUCACAGUGCAGUCCAUAAUCGCACUGCAGCCAUGCUGGAAAUGGGAACCAACCUUUUGUCCCAGACAGCCGAACAGACCCGCAAGCUGACUGAUGUCGAGACGCAGGUCUUGAAUCAGACGUCUAGACUGGAGAUUCAGCUGCUGGAGAAUUCACUAUCCACCAACAAGCUGGAGAAGCAGCUAAUGGUGCAGACCAAUGAGAUCAGCAAGCUCCAUGACAAGAAUGGGUUUCUGGAAGUAAAGAUGCAGGAAAUGGAGGCAAGGCACAGAGAGGAGCUGGAGGUCCUCAGGGAGGAAAAGAGCAAUCUUCAGACGCUGGUAAUCAGGCAGAGUGGCGUGAUUCGGGAGCUAGAGGCUCAGCUGGGCAAAGCCACGGGUAACGGCACAAUGCUGCAGAGACAGCAGCAGGACCUGAUGGACACUGUCCACAGCCUUCUUAAUCUCUGCUCCAAGGAUGGAGUGGUACCUAAUAGAACAAAGCAAGCAGAUGAAGAGAAGAAAUUUCGAGACUGUGCUGAUCUGUACGAGGCAGGCUUCCAAAAGAGUGGGGUAUAUACAAUCAACAUUAGUCCUCAAGAGACUAAAAAGGUAUUUUGUAACAUGGAGUCUGCUGGGGGAGGAUGGUUAGUAAUUCAACACCGUGAGGAUGGCAGUGUUGACUUUCAAAGAACAUGGAAAGAAUACAAAAUGGGCUUUGGGAGCGUAUCAGCCGAGCACUGGCUGGGGAACGAGUUUGUGUUCAUGCUGACCAGUCAGAAGCAGUACACUCUCCGCGUAGAGCUCAUCGACUGGGAUGGACAUCAGGCUUUCUCACAAUAUGAACGGUUUCACAUUGGCAACGAGAAAAACAACUACAGAUUGUCAUUGAAGAGUCACAGUGGGACAGCAGGGAGACAAAGUAGCAUGGUGAUGCAUGGAGCAGACUUCAGCACCAAAGACAUGGACAACGACAACUGCAAUUGUAAAUGUUCCUUGAUGUUAACUGGAGGCUGGUGGUUUGAUGCCUGCGGCCCCUCAAACCUGAAUGGAAUGUACUACACCCAGGGUCAACACAUUGGCAAACUCAAUGGCAUCAAGUGGCAUUAUUUUAAAGGACCAAGUUACUCUCUCCGAGCUACCACCAUGAUGAUACGACCUCUGGACUUUUCAAAGAGCGCUCAGUGAGAACAUAAUUACAUUACACUUUUUAAGAGGCUCGAGUUGCUACUUGGAUGGUGUGACUGGGAUUGUUUGCGAUAACCCACCUCUGAUGGAAACAUGGAUUCUGGGAAUAGAACCAAGUUCUAUUAUUAUCAUGCAUGCUGGCAGGUCACAGUGAACUGCUGUGGCUGGCACAUCACUUUUGAUAGAAGCAAACUGGAUGUCCAAGGUCUAAGGUCUAUUUGAAUCAUUAGUGUCUUCGAUGAACUUGCCGCAGCUGGAAUGACUUAAGAAAACUAGAAGUGAAUCAUUAAUUUUUUUGUACAAAAUGCAGUUUUAUGUGUUCAGUUUAUCUUUAACACGUAAAACACUUGUUUUGUAUUUUUUUUAAUUAUUCCUUUGUACCUGCAUUUAAUUUUGUGUAUUUCUGGUCAUGAAAGUAAAACCAA